GGCGUCUGUCUUUUGUAUAAAACUUAUACUUUGACGGUGCGAAGAAAACAUACGCUUUAUCAACAAAACCUUUGACUCCUCCUGAUUUAGAAACGAAUUAUUAGUUUCGCAUUUAUUGUAUUCUUCAAAAAAUCACGUCAUGUUGGUUGGUAGUAAGGAAAAGACGGCGCCACCUCUGUGCAGCUGUGACGCACUGUGACGUCGCCAGAAAACGCAAAGAGUUCAGAAUUGAGUCGAUCAAAAGGGAUUAUUACGAUUACGGUGCUUAAAAAGGGCGCACUGAAAAAUAAUUACCAGGUGACAUCGCAUAGACAACUAUUCAGAAAAGUGUUGGGGUUAGUCGCCUGGGAGCUCAAGAGGUUCCAUGAGUGCCCACCAGAGGUAGAUAGAGCGCGCUGCGCGCGGAGCUUACCUUAAGACGAGGGGCUUAAGCUUUGCUGCAUUGCCUUAAUUUGUAAAUAACGACAACGAUCGCAUUUUUGCAUUGAUCUUAUUCAAGAAAACGACAAGUUGUUUCGUGUAGAUAUUCCCCGACAACAUACGUUAUUCGACCCAGCCUAAGAAUCGAUUAACAUCAGCCAGGGGCCUAGCAGAAACUGCGACAUUUCAUCCGCCAUGAUGGGAGACAUAGACGACGACAACGACGAUUUGGACGACAUGGAGGCGGUAGGCGACGAAGUAGCAGUGAUUGGGAAAUAUCACACCGAAUAUGAAAUGGAUCGUGCAAGAGAAGGACGUGCCUCAUGUGCCAUACAUGAAUGUGUGUUUCUUGACGAUGCCAGGUUGCUUUGUACUUUUGCAAGAAAGUUCAACGUUGACGAACAAGACAAACAUGGCAAUACCGCAUUGCACGUGGCCUGCAUGCUUGGAAAAAAAGAGCUGGUUCAUUUGCUGCUCUCUCAUGGGUCUUCACCAACUAUCAGGAACCUAAAUGGUUGGAGUCCUUUAGCAGAAGCUAUAAGUUAUGGAGAUCGGCAAACAAUAUCAUCUAUGUUGCGGAAAGUUAAUAUACUGAGCCACAAUCGACGAGAUUCCUUCAUGCCCAAGCUUGCCAAAGUUUUAAAUGGCAUGGAGGAUUUUUGUCUCAACUUUAAGUGGGACUUCCAAAGCUGGGUGCCUCUUGUUUCAAGAAUUCUACCAUCGGACGUGUGCCGCCUUCGGAAAAAGGGUUCCAAUAUUCGACUUGACACAACUCUUGUAGAUUUUGAUGACAAGAGAUGGGUUCGAGGUGAUUUAAGCAUAUUUUUCUUUGGAGAAAAACCAACGAGCCACUCUUUGGCAAUAGUUGAUAAUAAUAUGGGAGUCUUUCAGUGGAUUCAGUAUACUGGGGAUACAGACAGAAACCAUGAGGAAGAGGUGGAUUUCCUGAUGAGCACUGAUAUAGUCAAUGCACAUAUUUCUACAAAGCAUAUGCACUUCACCCGUCUUCAGAAGGGAUGGCUUUUUAGAGAAGACCGAUCGGAACCAGUGGGAAAUUAUAAUUCAGACUUCUACACAAUACAUGGCAUUACAUUCAAAACUUCCAAACGACGUGAGCAUCUCUCUAAGGAAGAUGUUCAGAAAAAUAAAAUGGUGUAUGACUGGUUCAUGAAAGAUGGCCCAGCACUUCCUGAUGAAUAUGGACAACCACCUCCUAUUAGAAAGUCGUUGCCUCCACCUCCUAAGUCAAAUGUAACCUGGCGAGAAUACAUCUCAGCAGAACCUGGAAAGCACCCUAUCUUGGGGAGACCUAUUAUCUGCAAAGAAACCUCCAAGGCAUAUAGAGCAACAGUGGCAAUGACCCCAGAUUUCCCCAUGUCUGUGGACAUGCUCCUGAAUGUGUUACAAGCCAUUGCUCCAUUGAAGCACUACAGCAGGCUCAGAGAUAUCAUUGGAGUUAAACUACCCCCUGGAUUCCCUGUUCAAAUUGAUGUCCCUAUCAUACCAACUAUUUCUGCGAAAGUUACAUUCCUGGACUUUCAGUUCACUAACGAUUUGAGAGAAGAAGACUUCAAGAUCCCUGCUGAGUACUUAGAAGAUAGAGGAAGAUUCCCUAGACUAUGACCACCUAGCCAUCUCAUAAUGGUAGAUGAAUGUCCUGCAUGGAUGAGUGACGCAGGCAACCUGAUGUGUUACUGUCCCCAUAAUAUGUGUGCCCAGACGUUUGAUGGUCUUGCUCUUAGUUUCCUGCUGGGACCCAGUCGUGCUACUCAUUGUGUACUGCAUUUAGAAGAGGGGAAAGAGGUGGAAAAGUCCUUAAUGCUUUGAACUCACAGGUGCUGCCCAUUGAACUUCUCAGAGCUAUUUCCAUCCAGAUGGAAUUCCAUUUGAUUAACCUAGUCUCUUUAGUGUGUAUUUCUGCCUGUGCGAACUAGUCCUAUGUUUUGUUGUUUCACAAUAUUUCUUUCUAGUGUGGAAUGUCGUCGUACAAACAAAUUGCUAUGAAAGUAGCCAAAUUAUUAUGUAUCAAUCAUUUGUCUUAGUGCUCUGUUUUCUUACUUGAAUAACUGUGCUAUUCUUUCUAUUUUAAUCUCUUACUUUCAAGUUAGAGGUUGGUGCUUAUUAUUAUUAUUUGUUUACUAUAGAUUGUUAUUUUUUGCGGGUUGUCCCUGGCCAAAGGGAAUUUAAUUGAACUGAUAAUAUUAAUUUGAGAUGCAAUACCGAACACACCCUCUUGUACUAAUCCCAUUAUUCAUGAAAGCAAAAUUGUUCUCGUGGCCCUUGAUACCAAUGCUUCAUUUUCAUCAUUGUAUUCUUUAUUUGAAAAGGGUACUGUAGUCAAAAUCAAAGUCAUUUAUGCUAGCCUCUUGACUGCAUUAUUCCCUUUUAAACAACAUGUAGAGGACAUUUGAGGAAUAGUUUUCGACCUUAACAUAUUUUCUCUCCCGAUCACUCUUGCCAGACAGUAUGUGUGUGCAGCAUCUAAGCUACUAUUAUUAUGAUUAUGAUUAUUUUUAUUAUUAUUAUUCUAGCUGAUUAUGCACAAUGUGCUUAAAAAGUUUAUGUUUUGACAUGUAGUUUGCUCAUAGUGGUUAUGCAUUUUAAACAUGUUCUUUUUAAGAGGAAAAAAAAAACAUCAGUAAUGAACAUGAAUGAAUGCAUAACAUAUUAGAUGCAUGGAUUGUGAAGAUUGUUAUAAAUUGUCCUUUCAUAACCUUCUGUUUUCAUCCAGUUGGUGUGCCUGCCCUCCAUUACGAGUGAAUGUGGUAAAAACAUUUUGUAUCCAAAAUGAAUCAAUGGUAAUUCUUGGGCCCAAUGACAAGGGGAAAAAAAAUUGUUUGGCUUGUGUGUCCAGGGUUAUGUCAGUUGUUAUUUCUAUUGUUAACUCAUUGUCUUAGUUUGCUCAUUCCUACAUGCUGUGUGUCCUCAAAGCAUUUCUGGGAACUGCAGAAAAUUAUCUUUAUUCACUUUUUUUUCCAACUGCUCGUCACCUGCUGGGUUUACUUUCUUUCCUUUUCUAAAAAAGAAAAAUUCUUGUUAGAAGAGUGUAUGCCUGGGCCUGGGCCUUUAAAUGAUUGUGUAUUUCCUUUUGUAUUUCACCAUUUCUAGACUUCCAGCAUGAAUCAGAUUUGGCACAAUCUCAGCGUGAAUCAAAUUUGACACAAUCAAAUUUUCAUGGUCCCAAAGAUUUUGCUUUCUCUUUCUUGGGCAGACAACAAGAGGAGUUUAAAUGAAAUUUUCUGAGUGGUUCCCUGAUGUCGUUGUGGAUGUAUGUCUUAUUGAGUGAAUUCCCCUCUUGUUUGUUUUAGUGUAAUCUUAUUUUGUCCAUGUUCAUGUGAUCCUAGUUUAUGCAAAACUGCUUGUCUAAAUAGACUCUUUAAAUUUACUAGACCAGCAAUACUAGUUGUGACUGAAAUUUUAUGUUAUGGUCGAGCAAUUAUUAUUUGUAACAGUUCAUAACUCUAGAAACUCAAUACUUCCCAUGUCAAUAAUAUUGUGCUCUCAAUUUGAUUCCUGUGUUAUUGUAUCCGCACACUUUGCACAAAUGUUGUUCAUAUUAGUAUACUGUUUUUGUUUGGUUAACAAAAACAUACCCUACCUCUUCUAUGAGUAUGCUGCUUGCAUAACCUGUUAUGGGAAUUUUGUUUUUUUAGUUCCCUGACAUUCCCUUGUGGAUCUUUGUCUCAAUUUAGGUUCCUUUUUCAGAAAUGAGCUCAGAAAGGAGAAUGUGCAAUUCAUGAAGUUGUUGAUGUCUUGAGUUUUUUUUUUCCAUGAUUCUUGUCUACCAAGGCUUAAAUACUGAUGUGUAGAAGAUUUGGUGUCGCCGUAUCUGACAAACAGCAGAAAAAUGACUGUUCUUCAUUAUUUCCAAAGUACGUUUCAAGAUGACACUAGUUGUGUACAACUACCCUACCCCUGUAUGUUAAGUUCCUGCUUGUACCUCUUACUUUAAAAAACCUUUUGUUUUUUUUAGUCUGAUUGAGGUCCUUAUCAACUUUGUUGCUAUGUACGACUAAUGUUUAAGUUGAUGGACAUGUUGUUACAUUUGUUGACAAAUUGCAAUUAAUGCGAGUGUAUGUUUUUUACUGCAUAAUUGUUACUUUUUUAAAAAAAGUUUUGAGUUGUGCAUUUAUUUUGAAGAGGUGUGAAGCUCCUUGUGUGCACCUUAUUGAAAACUUAAGCCAUUAUUUCUGGUGUAAAGUUUCCAUUCCUCUCAUUUGCAACUCCAUGAGAGAUAGAGCACUCUGUAGUCAAAGAUUCACGUUACAAAUGUACAUACUUAAGGGUGCUUUUAUUUAUUGCGCUCUUGACACUGUUAAUCAUAGGCUUUCAGAUUAUUUUUUCUUAUGGAGGCGAGUUGCUUCCCGUUAUUUAGAACAUCAAAUUAUAGUUCGUAAUUUCACAUUGUAAGAGGUAGUGUCUCAUUCAAUAAUGAAUGCAGUGUGUGAAUGCUUUUCUGCACUUGAGGUUCCUAACAAAAUGUGAGGCUCUUUCCUAAUUGUGGUUACUUGGUCAACAUCAUCUCAUGAAAGACAACAUUGACUUUUUUUUCCAGAUCACGCAAUUUCUUGCUGUACUGUCCCAUAGCAUGGAAAGUGCAGGUUUGUUACAGUGUUAUCAUAAGUAAUUGAUGCUUAAACCAAAAAUUGCUUUUAUUUCAUAUCUUUCUGUGAUAAAAUUGUGUAUGGUAUUCUAAAGUAUGUUUAGUAGCUGUGUAAUGUAUUACUAUUAGGUUAAAGUACAUUGUCUGAUGAUACUGUACCAGAUAAGAGAGUUAGAAGAGUUACAGAGGAAGUAAUGUAGUGGGUCAUAUUUCUGUUUGAUAACAGAAAGAACCUAUUCUUGAUAAAAAUGUGAGCCUGUGGCACAUAUGACUGAGGAAUUCAGUGUAUUUUAUUGUGUCGAAAUGGUUGGUUAUUAAAUUUAGUCGUGUACAAUUUAUGGUUCAACCUUUUUAUUUGAUUGGUGUUUGAGGUAGUUCAGAACAUUCUGAAGCAUUUAGUGUCUGUGUUUUCUCGUUGACAAUUGUCUAUAUGAUUUUAAAACUAAUCAAACAAUUGUGCUUGAAACCAAUCAAACAAUUGUUCAUUGCAAGUUAGCCCUCACUGGGGAAUUCUCGCAUUAUUGUACCAGUCCUUUAUGAAUCUUUGUCUUGCUCAACCCUUUACCAUUGUCUAAUGCAUUGAUAAUGACAAUGAUGGAACCAUUAAGGCGGGUCUCAUUUAUUUUUAGUGCUCACAAACAGUGUGGUGUCUUUGUGUGUUUUUGUGUAACUGCCUUGUUCUUUUGGAAUCAAUUUGAUUUUUUGAUUACAACUGAUUGUGAUUGAGAAAUUUAUUUUUUUACGUUUCUCAACACACUUUGUCUAGCCAUAGAGGCUUCAUAAAAAUUUGUCCGUGUGUGUGUAUGCGUGUCGUUUGGUUGCUCCUCUAUCUGACCAGUCAUUUUCCUGUUUAGACAAUCUAAUUAUUAUCAUUACUGUUCAAUACCAUACAAGCAACAUCCAGACUUAUUACUUUAUAUUUACCUUGAGUUCUUGGUCUCAUUUCAGCUAUUGAAGGUCCCUGUUAAUUUUUGCUGUUACUCUCAAUAUUUAAUUUUGACUUUUGACAUAUCAGUAAAUAAUUUUACUUUAGUUAAAAGUGAUCCAUCCCAUCCUCUAUUGCCCGUAUUUCCAAACUUUCCAUUUGAUUCGUUUUUAAAUAGAGAGCUGGUCCUGCAUUGUAACUAUUGUAGAAUGGAGUUAAACCGUAAUUACUGUAGGAGCUUCUAUAUAGAUCGAUCCUUUUGGAAAGAUUGAUUGCAAUUUAAGGAUAGUACUUUGUUAAUUUAAGUAUUUAAACAACCCAAACCAAAGUUUAUGUUGUCACCUAUUUUGUUGAUUAUUUUGUAUUUUUAAUUUUUUUAUUUGUGUUGACUGGAGAGAUACAAAUGUAACUCGGAAAUAAAUCUUGAACCACUACGCACA